AUAAUGGACGAUUUUAUCUUAAUCAAGCACCGCACACUUAUCAAAUCUAACGUCUCCUAAAAUUAUUCAAUUUGAUUUUACAGAGCGUGUCCUUAUAUUAUUACAAAAUUCUCAUCUUCAAUAUUUUGUAUAAGAAAAAUAGAGUUAUUAAAUUAUCUAAGUAUUUUCAACAUUAUAUUACUUCACUAUGACUGAUGAAUUGGCUUACAAUCGAAGUAUUAUUGGAAAAAGUUAUGUUUACUAUGAAAAUAUCUUUAAAUCAGGAAAUAUAGAUGCUGUAAUUUCUAAAAUGAAACAGAAGCAUUUAAAAUAUGCAAUAGAUAAAAGACUAGUAAACAGUAAUGAAAUAGCAAUUACUCAUUUACAUAUUGAAAAAAAUCAAUUAUACUCUUUACAACAUUUUAUUAGUAAAUUAAAACAGCAUGAACCUAUGGGACAUGAAUCCCAAAGCACCAUACAUCAAAAUUUGAAAAAUGUACAAGAACAAGUACAAAAAAAUAUAAAAUUAACAACUGAUCAACAAAAAUGUAAUGAUAAGAUGAACUGCAAUUCUAAUUGUUCUUUAUAUCCUGAUUCACUUCAAAAAAAAAUUGAAGUAUGUAAUUUUAGUUUAAAAAAAAAACGCCGAAGACAAAAGAAAAAGUUACAUAAAAAUGUUUAAAUGAAUAUUUCAAUUUAAAGGGUAAAUAUAAUCAAAUCACAGUUGAAAAUUUCAAUACAAUAAUCAGUUGUCUCCUCAUUUUAAAACAAAAUAAUUGAAUUAUUAAAGGAUAACUCUGUUUACAACAUCAAAUAAUUAUUAUUAUAUUAUAAAUUUAAUUCAAUAAAGACAUUAUAUAAAAACUGUCUCCUUGGUUACAGCUCCAUAACAUUGAAAUAUAGUCUAUUGAUAUCUAUGCUUUGUAAUGAAAUAUUGAUUACUUCUUACCUUUAACCACAAACUAAAAUCUUAGUUUGUGCCUUUCUUAUUAUCCAUUUAACUUUAAUGGAUUAAUAGUUUUAACCUCAACAAAUAAGUUUUUGUUUUAAACUAUACAAUUAAUUUAAAUCAUUGAAACUUAAUAAAAUUAUUGAUUUAUGAAUUAAUAAAUAAACUAAAAUAGAAAUGACCGAUCCUACUAAUGAAGAACUUGUGAACCUUGUAAAAUUGUCUCUCAGCAAGUACAUUAGAAAACCUCAAUUAACAAAUAAGUUACUUAAUAAACCACCAUUCAAAUUUCUACAUGAUAUAAUAACUAAUAUAAUUCAUAAUACUGGGUAUUUAUCAGGAAUUUUCAGUGAUGAUGAAUUAAAAUCUCAAAAUGUAGUUACAAAAGAUAAAAAAGUAAAAUUCUUGGAAAAACUCAUCAUAAAUGUUCAAUUAACUACUGGUAAGCAAAUUUUAGCAAAACCUUCCAAGAUUGUUGCAGGUCUUGAAGUUACAAAAACAUUAGAACUAUUAAUAACCAUUGUUAAUGGAAUUGAUGCUAAUAAUAAAAAUUCUCAAAAGACAAAUUUUAAGACAAAAAAAAAGGAAUCAGUUAGAAAUAAUAUUCAAAACAUAAAUAAAAACAAAUCAUUGGAUAAAGAUGAAUCAAUUGAAAUAAAAUCUCAAGAAACUGCUGAAUAUACAUCCAAUAAAAGUGAACCAACUGUUGGCCAAGUCUUGACAAAACUUGAUGAAUCUUUAAGUAAUUUUGUUGAACAAGUUAAUGAAAAAGUUGGUAUUGAAGUAAAUGAAAAAAAAUUGAAUGGUGACAAAGAGGAAAACAAUUCUAAUAAAAUUCUUUUAAAAAAUGAAUCUAAUAAUGAGAGUGUUAAACAAAAAUCACCUAAAAAGAACAAAGUUGAUGAACAGCAACUUCGAAAAUUAAAUGAAUUGAAUAGUAUAAAUAAACCAUUAAGGCCUAAAAGUUCAAGACCUCCAGCCCCUAAUAGACGAAUACAAUUGAGUUCUCUUCCUGAACUUCCUAAGUAUUCUGACAAUUUUUUUUCAAAAAAUGACGACUUAAAUGAUAUUGAUGAUAAUAUUGUUUCUAUUGAAGUUGUUGAUAAUGCAAGCAAACUAAAUACAAUUGAGGCUCAAGACAAUGAUAAAAGUCAACUUGUAUCACAAAUACUAGAAACACAAGUGGAGUUAGCUACCAAAGCAAAAUUAGAAUCUAACAAAGUAGAAUGGGAGGGAAGAUAUAUAAAAGAAAAGGAAAUUUUAGUUAAACAAAUGGCCAUAAUAAAACAAAACAUCCAGUCUAUCACAAAAUCUACAAACCCACUUAGUAAACUCAUUAAUAACAUGCAAGAAAACAUUGAUCAAAUGAAUCGAGAGUUAAACCAGUGGAAAAGUUUUAAUCAGCGUACUAAUGAAAAAUUGGAUUUAGAAAAACGAAUUUCUGAAGAUAAAAUCAAUCCACUUAAAAUUCAGUUAGAAAAGCUUAAAAAUGAUAUUGAAGAAAAAAUAGAAAUGAUAAAUUAUGCUAAAGCAAACAUUUUCAAAAACAAAUAUCACAUAAACUAUUUAAUAACUGAGCGUUUCACUAAAUGAAUUAAUUAUUAAAAUUUAAACUGGGAGUAUUUUUUUUUUAUUUUUAAUUUCAAUACUUAUUUAUUUAUUGAUCAUCAGCUAAAUUAAUGUGCAUAAGAAUGAAUAAAAACUAGUUGUUUUACAUAAUUAAUAAUAGUAAGUAUAAUGAUGUUUUUUUAAUUCAUUUGCCAAAAAAAUAAUAAUCAGGUUAACAAGUUGUAAAAACUUAAAUACUAGUUGUAAUAAUACUUGAAUGAUUUGAAUGAUCAAGUAUCUUAAAUCGUUAAUGAAAAAAUUUUUUUUACCUUAUUCUAAUGAAAUAUGCAACUCAACAUUUUAUUUUUUAUUGUUAAUUUUAA